AUGGCUGGUGCACCGGUGAAAUUUUUAUCUGUGGUUGGAUUCAGUCUUAUCUGUCUUAAAAUGGUCGCUUCAACAAAAACAGCUCCCAAAAUACCCACUAUUGAUCAGGCUUAUUCAAAAAUCAGCAACAGUAUCACUGUGGAAUGGGCUACAGUGCCAGGGGCCACCAGUUACCUCCUCACGGCCGAAGACGGGAACACUGUCAUUGAGACCACGGUGGCCAGUUCCCCAGGCACUGUGACUGGCCUGAAAGCUGCAACCUUGUACCAGAUCACCGUCAGAUCCAUCAGUCCUGCGGGGAGAAGCCAGGCAUCACCUCCAAAACAGGCAAAGACAGUACUGGCGGCACCUAUUCUACAAGUAAGCUCUCCAAGUUCAGACUCUAUUCUUGUGCAGUGGGAAGCUGUAUAUAUGGCCAUUGGAUUCUCUGUGUCCAUUAUGCAAGCUAAUGGUUUGGGUAGAAUAUGGAAAGAAAAUACCACCAACACCUCCUUGACAUUCACCAGUUUAGACUCCGGGACUCUCUACACCAUAAAGGCCUAUGCAUGGAAUGCCAAUGGAACCCCUGGGGAUGACUCCACCUGCAAUCAGAGAACAAGUCCAGGUACUCCUGAAAACAUUCAAGUCUCUUUUGAUAGUGGUGCUCUGAAGGCGUCUGUUUCGUGGGCACCGACAGAAGGAGCCUUCAACUAUACCGUGAUGGCUUUGAGUGACUCUUCCAGGCUGGGCUGCAGUACAACUUUCAGUUCCUGCACCAUCUACUCUCUCCAGUGUGGAACCAAGUACCUGAUUUCAGUUUCAGCAAGUAAUGAUGCCGGAUCUAGCAGGUCGACUUCAGCAGUGACUUUGAAAACUGUUGCUUGUGCACCUGGAAGAGUGGCGAUCCAAGAAGAUCCUCCUGGACACCUGUCUGUAGCUUGGUCUAAUGUGGAUCUGGGUGAUUACUACGUGGCCUUCGUGAAGAGUGAUGAUGGCUUGGAAGUACAUUGCAACACUUCCCUCACCCAGUGCAAUUUCUUAUCUGAGUGUGGCUUCACUUACUUUAUUAGUGUUUUUGCCUAUAACAAGGCAGGGCAGAGUCCUUUGGGUGAUGUGUUUAAUUAUACCACAGCUCCCUGUUGUCCUAGUGACAUUAACCCUGUGCUGGUGUCCAGUGACAGAGUAGAGAUUGUCUGGUCUCCCGUCCGAGGUGCUGAACUUUAUGAAACAAAGGCUGUGGAUGGGUUCAAUGUGGUUGAGUGUAACGACACGGCUCCGGCUUGCACGCUUUCUGCUCUGGAGUGUGACACCAAGUACAACAUCACGGUGUAUUCCUUCAGCGAAGUCCGGGGCAGCAAUACGUCAUGUACUUCCCAAUUCAUAACCACAGCUCCUUGCAGUCCUGAAAUCAAAAACAUUUCAAAGGAUGACUUUUCCAUGAUUAACGUGCGCUGGCGAUCCACUAAUGAUGAAGCUACUUACACGGUGACUGCCCAGGGGGAGAAAGGGCGGCACCAGUGCAGCAGCACCGGAGAGUCCUGCACCCUGGGGGGCUUGCCCUGCGGCUCAGUGUUCUCUGUCACUGCUGUGGCCGAAACACCCGCAGGACGGAGCCUGCCCAGCUACAGUGUGCCUCUAGAGACAGCACCGUGCUGCUCAGCCAGUCUGAUGGUAACUCAGGUCACUCAGUCAGUAAUCAACGUGAGCUGGACGGUUGGGACUGGGGCCCUAACCUAUGUGACGGUUCUGCAGUCACACACGGGACAGUCAAAGUGUCACACCCAUCGAAACCACUGCCUCCUGGGAUGCAUCACAUGCGGCAUCAAUUACUCAGUGGCAGUAAAAGCAGUUAGUGCCACUGGGUUGACUGCGGACUGCGCCUACCAAAGUUACUCCUCUAGUGCCUGCUGCCCUUUAGGGGUGAAAUUAUAUAGGCUGGGCCCUAAUGGCAUCCGGAUCCACUGGCAGGCCUCCAGGGGCUCUGCCAAUUACAGCACCGACCUCUAUGGUUCCAAAGGCAUUUUCACAUGUGCCCCAAGCGCUGGCCUCAGUUUCUGUGAUGUUACCGAGAUACCCUGCGGGGAUGUGUAUACCGUGAUGGUCUCACCAGUUGCUGAGACAGGACUGAAGCUUACUUUCUGUCCAAAAAAAAUAUAUUCAGUAACCUGCUCUGGAAGUACACUUGGAAUGGUGAUUUACAGAGGGAAGAGAAAUGUGGAAUGA